GGCUGCAUCACGAUUUUUUUCUCCAACUUCCUGGGGCUGAUGGCCAAGGCCGACGUCUCGGACGAAGAGGCUCAGAGCCAAGAAGCCUUCGGCCUGCUUCUCAUCGCCGUGCACGUCAUGAUGAUCAUCGCCAUCCUUUCCCAGGCCUACAUUUCUAUGCAGGCCAAUUCCGAGCUACGGGACGACCUGGGGUCCUGGUUGGAAAAAUCGAACCAGAACGCCCCUCCCGCCGACGUCGCCGCCAACGGCGGGCGGGGCGGCGGGGACGGCGACAGCAUUGGGUCCCCAGUGUUUUCGGCGCAGAAGAACUCCGGUGGGUGGGGGGAGAAGCAAGAAGAAGCGGCGGAGGCCGGCGGCGGCGGCGACGGCGUCGCGAUGUGGAAGCACGACCGCGUGGGCGAAGCUGGCGGUGACGAUCGAGCGGAACGCGGCUCUUCGGUGGGCUGCGAAGACGUGGAGAGGCGAGCUCUCCCAGGGCCAAAGCGAGCCAGGGGGCGCCGUCACAAGAAAAACUCUUGCCGAAGCGGCGGCGGUUCCUCCGCCGACAAAGACGGCGACGAUGAUGUCAUCAUGGAGGACUCCGUGGAGCUGGAGAGCGUCUACAGCACCAGCGGCAAGACCAGCCGCAUCGCGGGAGCCUUCGAGCUUCCCCACCGCAGAGAGCAAGGGAGAGCCCUCAGCUUCAGCAGCGUCGGCCUGUCGAACAUCGAUGACUCCUUCCUGUCCUCCUUCGCAGCCGGUGGCGGCGGUACCGCCGAUGCGACGCUUUGCAGCGUUGCGGAGAGCCCACUGAGAGCCGCCGCGCGACCGGCGGCGGGCCGCCGCCGCCAAGGCAACGGCAGACACCGGCCGUCUGCUGCUUCCCUGUUUGCCGAGCAGGCCUCGCGGCGGGGUAGCGGUGGCGGCCGCGGCCCCCGCGCCGCCCGCGUCGGCGUCGCCCGCCGUCCUCCCCGCCCCGGCGGGGGCAAUGCGUCCGAUGCCGAGUCUUCGAACGUCCCCGCUUCCGUCGUGUACGGCAGGGGAAGAGCGGCGCUGCGCUAG